GUACCAUUCCGUAGUCGACCGCAGACAGCAGCAGCAGGCGACGUGUUGUCGUGACACUACUGGUUUCUGUGUAGUUCUAUGAAAUACCUUCCGUAGCUAGCGACAUGUCGUUUGCCGAAGCGGCAGAUUACAUGUCGCCCGACCGUAGAUCAGUAGUGCCGCCAACGCCUGAGCGACACGUUGAAUUUUUCUCAAAAAAAUGAGUUUCCCCGAUUUGAUGGAAGAGAAACUGAUAAACCAGGUGGCCCAAUACCCCGCACUGUACGGUGCAUCUCGCAAUAAUUAUUUAAACAGUGUGACAAUAGAUAAUAUUUGAAAAAAUAUAGGAAAGGAGUUAAAUAAAAAUGGUAAAUAGGUUCGGAACAGAUUGGAGCACUGGCUGUUGCCGUCUGCAGUCGGGUUUGGAAUAAUGUCGCCUGCCGCUGCUGGCUGUGGUUGGCUACGGAAUUGUACCUUUACUAUACUUAAUUUUAUAGUGCCGUAAAUCAAAACCACAGUUUAUUCAUAAGCAAAGAAAGUAUUACAGUACAACUAGUGUUAAACCCAUAAUGAAAAACUUAAUUUAGGAUUUUGUAUGAGUAUACUUGUUAACUCGAGAACGGUGAGCUGAAAGUAGGGAAAUUUGGAAUAGGGCAACGGAACCCAAGGGGCCAGCAGUUGGCUGACUUCAUGGAGAAAGAGGGAUUCUUUAUGAUGAACUCUUUCUUCCAGAAGCGGCCCCACAGGAAGUGGACCUGGUCGAGCCCCGACGGUUCGACAAAAAAUGAGAUGAAAAUGAGAUUAUGACGACCAGACGACAACUGUUCAGUGAUGUCUCAGUGAUUGCGAGGGUGAAAACCGGCAGCGAUCACCGAAUGGUUAGAGGCACACUGAACCUAAAUGUUAAGUUGGAGAGGUCUCGUCUAAUGAAGUCAACGCUCCGUCCCCCUCGUGCUCUAAUCCAAAGUCCCGAAACCUUUCAGCUCGAGUUACAAAACCGUUUUCAGUGCCUAGAAGACUGCAAUGAAGUGGACGAUUUGAAUGACAAGCUCGUGGAAACUGUCCAUGCGGUCGGAGCUAAGUUCUGCAAGACCCGCCGCAGAAGAACACAAAAACUCUCCGAUCACACUCUUAAUCUCAUGGCUGUUAGACGGGAGAUGAAGCUACAUUCUUCAACAGAUUUAACAGCAUACAGGCAACUGAACAGACAGAUCUCCAAAUGCAUGCGGCGGGACUUACGCAACUUCAAUACAGCUCGUAUUGAAGAAGCGAUCGAGCGGAACCAAGGCUCCAAAGUCUUUGCCAGAGAUCUGUCUGCCAGAAAGCGCCAACUGUCUAAGCUGAAGACAGAAUGUGGCAGCAUCGUUUCCGGGGCACCUGAGAUUUUGGAGUGAGAUUGAGAGGUUCUAUGAGCAGCUGUACACGUCAUCGUUGGAGCCGCACGCAAGUGUGAGUAACGAUCCAAGAGCGAGUCUUAUCCGACAUUAUUCCGAUGAUAUCCCGGACGUCAGUCUGAGUGAGAUUAGAAUGGCUCUCCAGCACCUUAAAAACGGCAAGGCCCCAGGCGAGGAUGGAAUUACAGCGGAGCUUCUGAAAGCGGGUGGAAAACCGGUACUUGAAGUCCUUCAGAAGCUCUUUAAUUCCGUCCUCCAUGGUGGCAUUACACCGGAGGCGUGGAGCAGAAGUGCGGUGGUCUUGUUCUUCAAGAAAGGCGACAACGCUCUCUUGAAGAACUACAGACCGAUUUCCCUUCUGAGCCGCGUCUACGUGCUGUUUUCGAGAGUCAUUACGCAUCGUCUCGCGCGCAGACUUGACGACUUCCAGCCUCCCGAACAAGCCGGUUUCCGAAAAGGCUUUAGCACCAUAGACCACAUACAUACCCUUCGGCAAAUUGUAGAGAAGUCCGAGGAGUACAAUUUGCCACUAUGUCUGGCGUAUGUGGACUAUGAAAAAGCCUUUGAUUCCGUCGAAAUUUGGGCGGUGCUGCAGUCCCUUCAGCGAUGCCAAGUUGACUGUCGGUAUAUCGAAGUGUUGAAGUGCUUGUACAGUAGGGCUACGAUGGCUAUCCGAGUACAGAACCAGAGUACGAAACCUAUCCAAUUGCAGAGAGGUGUAAGACAGGGUGACGUCAUAUCCCCGAAACUCUUUACCGCUGCAUUGGAAGAUGUUUUCAAGCUUCUGGACUGGAAAGGAUACGGUAUCAACAUCAAUGGCGAGUACAUCACUCACCUUCGAUUUGCCGACGAUAUAGUCCUUAUGGCAGAAUCGCUGGAGGACCUAAGCACUAUGCUCAAUGACCUCAAUAGUGUUUCCCAACGGAUAGGUCUUAAGAUGAACAUGGACAAAACAAAGAUCAUGUUUAAUGUCCAUGUCACACCCAUGCCGGUAGUUGUUGGGAACACUAAGCUCGAAGUUGUUGACGAGUAUGUUUACCUGGGACAAAUAGUCCGAUUAGGUAAGUCCAACUUCGACCGAGAGGUCAAUCCACAGAUUCAACUCGGUUGGGCAGCGUUCGGGAAAUUACGGCACAUCUUCUCGUCAGAUAUACCUCAAAACUUGAAAACGAGACUGUACACCCAGUGCGUGUUGCCAGUGAUGACAUACGGAACUGAGACGUGGUCCUUCACUACUGGCCGGAUGAGGAAGCUCAAGGUCGCUCAGCGAGCUAUGGAGAGGGCUAUGCUCGGAGUUUCUCUGCGUGAUAAACUCAGAAAUGAGGAUAUCCGCAGUAGAACUAGAGUGACCGACAUAGCCCAGCGGAUUAGUGGGCUGAAGUGGCAAUGGGCCGGCCAUAUAGCUCGAAGAACCGACAACCGAUGGGGAAGAAAAGUUCUCGAGUGGCAGCCUCGUACCGGCAGGCGAAGUGUAGGGCGUCCCCCCACUAGAUGGAGUGACGACCUGGUAAGAUAUGCAGGAAGUCGAUGGAUGCGGGUGGCUCAGGACCGUGCUUUGUGGCAUUCCUUGGGGGAGGCCUAUGUUCAGCAGUGGACUUGUAAAGGGCUGUAAUGAUGAUGAUGAUGAUGAUACUUGUUAACAUUUUUAUUUUUAAUUUUUUUUAUUCUUCUUUUAGGUAAUGAGAGAUCCAGAAACAGGAAACUCGAAAGCAUUUGCUUUCAUCAACUUUGCUUCAUUUGAGGCAUCUGACGCCGCGAUAGAAGCUAUGAAUAACCAAUAUCUAUGCAAUAGGCCUAUAUCUGUGUCUUAUGCGUUCAAGAAGGAUGUUAAAGGAGAGAGACAUGGUUCAGCAGCUGAAAGAUUACUCGCCGCACAAAAUCCACUGUCACACGCAGACCGUCCGCAUCAGCUAUUCGCAGAUGCACCCCCAACCAUGAUGGGGCCCAUGCUUAUGGCACCACCACCCCCUCCAACACCAACACCGAUGCCGCCACCAGGGCCGCCACUAAACGCAAGACCCCCACCACCAUUACCCAUGUCGGCGCCACCACCGCCCCCUUCCUCAAUGCCACCUCCGGGACCGCCACCUCCACCCGGGCCCCCGCCACCUCCACCUCCAUUCCACCAUUUCCCUCCUCCGCCCUUCGGACCUCCGGGCUUUGGCCCCCCGCCUCCACCUGGCGCUCGCCCUCCUCCUCCAUGGCGUCCUCCACCGCCACAGUUCAGGCCACAGUUUCCACCUCGUGGGCCGCCGCCGUUUGGCCACCCUCCGUUCCCCCCGCACCACCCGCCUGAGCCGAAUUAUAAUUACUAGGUGUGUCUAAAAUUUAAUAAAUUUAUAAUUAUUU